AUGGCAACACCUACAGUCACUCAAUCCACUAUCCCAGUCACCGAUCCCAAAACAAUGUCUUCAACCAUUACUCCCGUCGACAUCUCAACAGAUGGUCCCCUCUUCCCUGCCUCCCUCAUCUCUCCUGAUGUGAUCGCCCUUCUUCCAACAGAUUAUACCGUCCGCCCACUCCGCCGAUCAGACUACCAGCGCGGAUACCUAGAUGUCCUGCGCGUGCUGACAACUGUCGGCGAGAUCAGCGAGGAGCAGUGGAAUAAGCGGUAUGAGUGGAUCGCAUCACGAAAUGACGAGUACUACAUGCUUGUUGUCUGUGAUGGCGCAGAUCGAAUCGUUGGAACGGGCUCGCUGAUUGUUGAGCGCAAGUUUAUUCAUGAGCUUGGCAUGGUUGGUCAUAUUGAGGAUAUUGCCGUUGAGAGUGGUCAGCAGGGAAAGAAGUUGGGUUUGAGGAUUAUUCAGGCUUUGGAUUUCGUUGCCGCUCAGGUUGGCUGCUAUAAGAGUAUCCUGGACUGCUCCGAGGCCAACGAGGGCUUCUAUGUUAAGUGCGGGUUUAAGCGCGCUGGUCUGGAGAUGGCUCACUACUACUAA